AUGGCUCUUGCAGACUUGCCAACAGAGUUGCUUCUGCCGAUCCUGACCUAUGCUGCUCAGGUGAGGGGUUUGAAGAGAGCGUUGCGGCUGAGAUGUGUUUGUAAGCGAUUCGCGUUUCUGAUGCAUGAUGCCAUUUACGAGAGUACUCUUCUCGAAUGUCCCAGAACGUGCGAACUUCAAGCCCUGCCACCGGCAAACGUAGGCCCGCGCGCGCUAUACCGCCAGCGAAAACAGGAGGCGACAGACCAGAAGGCAGCACGAGAUCUUCUUUAUCGCAACCGCAAAUUCUUCGAGGGUUUCCUCGCUUACAGGGCGCUGAAGAAAGGAUGCCGACUAACGUCGUACUCUCCUUAUCUAAGUGCCAUUUGUAAUCUGGCUCGUGAGCUUCUUUGGCACCGACAUCGCCGGCAACUUGAGGACUCUUUUUCCGAUGAGGAGUACAGAGAGAUUGUAGCGAGACUCUGUGCUCUACCAUUGGUAGGUGGCCAUUAUAGGGAACAUUUCUUCGGCUUUCAUGCCGAUCUGAUUGAUAAGAAUGCAAACUGCAGCCUCGAUGCCCUCAUCUCAGAGAUCCCACCGAAGUGGCUAUUGAGUGCAGCUGCCUACUUAGGAGAUAUAGACAUCGUGAACAGAUACAUUUCUAGUAAUUUCGUGGAUCAAGACUCACUGUUUCCGACACCUCUUCUUGCUGCUUCCCAAGCCGGUCACCUCGAAGUCGUCAGAGCAUUGAUAGGAGGACCAAAUCUCAAUCAUGGUAGCUCCGGCCUCCGUUAUAUAAUCUGCAACGCCGCCGGCCCUGCAGGCCACGAUGAUAUCGUCGGCCAAGCACUCGAUCCAGCCUGGGAAACGAACGAAUCCGUACCAACCAAUGCUCACUAUCUCACUCAUUUAAGUAUCAAGGCCCUCUCCACGACAACCAGCAUAUCACACUUCCGUCUCUGGUUCCCGCAGCUCCAGCACGCAAUCCCUCAUUACGAGCUAAAAUGGCUUCCCGACAAUGUCGCCAUAGCCGCGAGAGAUGGAGCACUAGAAAAGCUGAAGUUCCUCAUCGAACUGGGCGGUCCAAUGGAUGGUCGCUUUCCCGAUACAGCCAGCGAAUUCAAUCGUCCAAUCAGCCAAGCUGCGCAGAACUGCCACGAUGAAGUUGUGUUCUUUCUCCUCGACAACGGGGCUGAGCUCGAUCAUGCCUUGAAAGCUGCAGUCAUGGGAGGAUCACGCAGUAUCGUAAGGCUGCUGAUGCAAAGCAGGCCACUAGAUGCGGAUAUCGUGCAAAUAGCGUUUGUGGAGGCUAUAAAACGGGAGAAUAUCGCUAUGAUCAGAUGUCUAGAAGACAAUGGCGCUGUCAUGAGCGGCAAGGCGAGAGAAGAGGCUGUCAAUGCGACGUCUGGGGAAGUACUGAAGUCGAUGAUGGACUUCUUGGAUCUGAAGGAGGUGGAACUGUGA